CUUUUACUAAAGUAAUAUGAGGACUACACGGGUGUAUGGUCUAGGUACACGAAAACGUACCGGUGAGUUGAGGAGCUUGGGUUGAUAGUAUAAACUGAUAAAGUGUGUCAGUUGUCACCGGUGGGUAACACGUUAAAAAUAGGGUGACCUGCCCUACCAUGAACAUAUGGGGAUAUCCGGUUCCUGUUUCAAUCAGGUUAUGUUCGUCUGCUGUGGCUCCUAAAGUUGAACUUGAGCUGAAAAAUGGAGUGACGAAAAUGGUCCAAGCAGGGGCUUUGUCGAAGCUCUUCUCGUAUUCCAACCUCGUACACGCUGUUUCAGGUGCCGUGGGAAGUGUGGUGGCUAUAACUGUCUUCUUCCCCUUGGACACCGCUCGGACUCGACUUCAAAUUGAUGAUCAGCGAGAGUCCAAGCACACGCCACAAGUGAUAAGUGAUAUUGUGAAAGAAGAGGGACUCCAUGGCAUAUACCGAGGGUGGUUCUCCGUCGUGUCUUCCCUGUGCCUGUCUAACUUUGUGUACUUCUACACAUACAAUGGCUUGAAGAGUGUUUUCAUUGGACCAGGAGAGAAAGCUGCACCUAGCAAGGAUCUACUCCUUGGCUUUGUGUCGGGAAUUGUGAAUGUUUUAGCGACGACUCCCCUGUGGGUUGUCAACACACGUAUAAAGCUUCAGGGGGCCAAACUCCACACCAAGAAGUACGAGGAGCACACAACACAGCACUACAAGGGCAUCUGGGACUGCCUGACAAAGAUUGUGAAGACUGAGGGUGUGUCGGGACUGUGGAAUGGCACGACGCCCUCAUUGUUACUGGCUUCCAACCCAGCUAUACAGUUCAUGGUGUAUGAGUUCGUCAAGCGAUACUUCCAGAAGCUCUUCAAAACACCUGAGCUGAGUGGUUUCCUGUACUUUUUGAUUGGAGCGAUAGCGAAAGCAGCAGCCACAGUUUUCACCUACCCUCUGCAGGUGAUCCAGUCACGCCUCAGGGCUGGAUUUUGCAAGCUGGAAUCCACACAGUCUAUUCUCCAAAACCUUCAUCAUCUCGUCAGGACUCAGGGUAUUCAGGCGUUGUACAAGGGGAUGGAGACCAAGUUGGUACAGACGGUGCUCACAGCAGCUCUCAUGUUCCUCACUUACGAGAAAAUAGCAGCUUUUAUAUUCCGCCUAAUGGGCAUGGCUCCAACCAUGCCGAAAAGAUGAUGACGUCGGACCUUAGCAAACAACACAACUUUAGUGGAUUGAUUUGCCAUAUACUGUUCUUAUUAUACAGAAUUUUAUUCCAUUUUACUAAUCUGUUUAUAUAUUUUAGAUGAAUUAACAUUAAAUAAUUAUUUAGCUCAUAUUUGUGGACUUGGUUCAAGUAUUUUAAGGAGAAGGUUUAAUUCAUGUUUGCCGAUUUCCACUUCUACCUCUGAAGCAAAGAGUUUUGAGUCCUUCCCAACAUUUCUGGGCCAAUUGUCAGCAUACUGAUUAAAUUGGCACUGAAGGACAGACUUUGAUUCCUUGUUUUAUGGUAAACCUGCUUAUACAUGUUUUUGAAGGUUUUAACCAAAAAUUAAACAAAAAUAUGUCUAAAUUGUUUUAAAGCAAAUGCAAGUGAUACGAGAGGUGGAAUCUGAUUGGUUCAUAGGAGAGGCAUAGAAGGGACCUGACGCGUAACAGCCACAUGUGGCGCUAUGAUCGAGCCCGGGAAUUCCAGCCUAGUUCGGCAAGGGUGGAAACUGGACUUUUAAAGUCAAUUAACUCUCUUGCCUCGGGAAGAUGACAGAUGACAUCCUUACCUUGUCAGCUAGCUGAUGGGGUUAAUCUCUUUGGUCAUAUGGACAAGGUGUCCAACUCGGAUCAGGAGGUGGUCGCUUCACUCAGUUUGCUGGAUCAGGCAGUGGAACAGUAACCAAUAUUUAGGGUGUAAAACCAUUUGAUGAGCAGAACCCACUUGCACAAAGCAGACUUAGCGCUAUCACUGCUUUAACUUCCAUACUUUAACAACCCACCUGUAGUGUGUGAGGACAAGGGAUAGAGGUUGUUGAUCAUGAACACUUUUGAAUGUGUCUAACAAUAAUUUCUCAAAUGUUGAAGUGUUGAACAUAUCAUUACUGUUUAUAACAGACUUAUUUAUUGUCCCAUUGUUUACAGUGUUCCGGAGUACUAUUUCUUGCCAUUGUGUGUGCGCAACAUGUCAUUGAUCUCAGGUAGGUCAGUCAUCCUUGUGUGAUGCAUAUUGGAUGUGUAAAGUUAAGAAACUUGAGAACUCUCCAAAUCCCCUAAAUAUUUUACAGUAUUGAAAUGUGAAAUGGGAGGUUUAUCUUGUCAAAAUGUUAAACAUCUUAAAUUCCACAUUUAUAAAUAAAUAAAUACCAAACUGACGAGGAUGGAGUAAAUAAUAUAUGUGCUGUACAGCAUUGUGAAGAAUAUAACAUACCGUAUUCGACGUUAUUACCGCCCAGGGCGCUCUCAAAAUUAGAAAUAGGGGGCUCUUAUUGGAAUAUUAUUUUGGUGGAAAAAACAGAGUUGAAAGAUACAUUUCGUGGUUUAUGCUGACGGCCUGAACUGUUUAUAUACGAGAAAUAUAUUUUUCCAGAAUUUAAUUGCCCAUAAUUAAUGGUGCAUAUAACACACGAGUGCGUAUUAUACACGAAUAAAUAAGUCUUGUGUACAUUGAUCAAUCGGAAGGAAUGCUAAUUGGGAUUGUUCACUUGCCAAUAUAUUAGCCAAUAUCGCAGUGGGCGCUUAUUAGAGCGGGGCGCUUAUUACGUCGAAUACGGUAAUUCUAAUCCACUGAUGAAAUUAGAUGCCACAGUAGAAUGAAUUAUAUUGGUCCUGAUGUCAGUAUAGUUAUAUAUACUAUUCCACUGAGAUGUGAGUUAUAACAUAGAAAUCAUCCAUGUAGGUUUCCUAUAGCUUUACACCCACUGAUGAACUUUUGACCAUCAGUAAAUAUGACUCUUGUAUACAUGUAUAAUUGUGUUAGUUUUUCUUCACUGUAACUGCUCUGUAUAUACUGUAUUUCCUCUAUUAGACGCCUGGUCUCCAAUACACGUCAGCCUAUAAUUGAUGCUGGGUCAUAUGCUCUUUCCAAAAGUUAGAUUGUUUGUUUGUUUGUUUGUUUGUUUGUUGUUUAACGGUUCACUCAACAUAUCCCAGCUAUAUGAGGGUGGUUAGUAAAUAAUCAAGUCUGGACCAGACAAUUCAGUAAUUGUCAUCAUGAGCAUCGUUCCACGCAAUUGGGAUACGAUGACAUGCAUCAACCAAGUCAGCGAGCUUGACCACCCAUCUCUUUUGUCGCCUCUCACAACAAGCACAGUUGCCUUUUACUUCAAGUAUGGGUGUCUGAAGACCUAUUCAACCCUGGAUCUUCAUGGGUCCCAUAACUUAGAAGCUGUAUUAGAUAUUAGGUGAAUUAUAAUGACCAUUUCCUGUGGGUCAACACCUUGCAUGAAAGUAAUAGACACCAGGGCAUUUAAUAGAGGAAAUGCAGUACCACUAAUGUUUCUGCUGCAAGACCAUCCACCUGUAGUCUAGUGACAUUUACAUGGUACUCAGUACCCCGUACUCAUGUCGAGAGUCCUGUAUCCCUCAGAAGUACUUUAUAUGGUACAUGGUGCUCAAAACAACAUCGGAGAACUGUACAUCAAUCUUAUUCAUCCUCAGUUAUCUGGUACAUAAUUAUAUCUCCUUUCACUAAUAAUGAUAAACAGCUUGUACCCAUUCACCGCCAUAGUUUUGCUUGAGAAGUGGCAUCGUGAGAUCCAUGUUUCUUAUCACCAAAUUAGCACACAACUUCUUUCGCUCAUGAGCGUAAUCUGAUUGGGAGGCUGUUUUUAAAGUUGUUACAUUCAAUAUAUGCUCAAUACAAAGCCAUGGUGUUGAAUGGGUGGUGAGAGUAGUCUGAUUGGAAGGCUGUUUUUAGAGUUGUUACAUUCAAUAUAUGCUCAAUACAAAGCCAAAGAAUGGGUACUGGGUAGGUAUGUUAUAGAAUUGAGAUAUAACAUACUGGGUUAUAGAGGAUGCUGUCUUGUUCUGAUAUUUACCUGUUACAUGUAUCCUGGAUCUGACCAGUAUCUCAUGUCUAUUUAUGAUCAAUAUCAAUAAAGUUUUAGUUUUACAGAGAUCA